AUGGCUGCAUUAGUGAGAAAUGUCGGCACGUGUGCUUUAAAACAAACAAAUUUAAGGGUUGUUGUAAAAUAUAGAAACAUCCUUACACAUUCGAUCCAUGGAAGGUACAAGAGUUAUAUUUGCACAAGUAAGUCAUUCAGACAUAUUGGCUUGCAAACGUUAUACGAAGGGAAAAACGCCUCCUCAUCUCAAUGUCGAUUACAUCAUGUCCAGCGACGAAACAUUUGUCGGUCAACGGAGACACGGACCUACAGAGAUUUAGUGUCAUCAUACAGAAGUUCAGCUUUGCCUUCAAGUAUUGUACGCAAUGGGAGAAGAACAUCGUGUUUCCAACAUAGGCAUUUCUGUAGCAGCACGGACCCGGACCCAGACGAAAAGAUUUACCAGGACGAAGAAAGCCCCAGCAAACCACCAUUACGGGCACUUGCACCAAUUGUUAUACCAGAUGUAUAUCCGAAAGUUCCUGUCAUCGCUGUUAGCCGACAACCGGUGUUUCCACGAUUUGUUAAAUUGAUUGAAAUUAAAGAUGAAGAGUUGAAAAAAAUUAUACGAAGAAAACUUAGAUUAAAUCAACCAUAUGCUGGAGUUUUUCUGAAAAAGGAUGACAGCAAUGAGGAUGAUGUUGUAAAAGACCUGGAUGACCUGUACUCUAUGGGAACCUUUGUACAGAUCACAAGUGUUCAAGAGUUUGAUGGCAAACUCCGACUUAUGCUUCUUGCUCACAGAAGGAUCAAAAUAACAGCAUUGGCUUCAGAUAGCAUUGAGGAAGACACCAAGGAGGCAGAAAACUUUGAAGUAAUAGCCAAAAACAAAAAUAACGGGAAUAGGAGAAAGGAGCGAAGGAGAAGAAAGAAAGCAGAGAGUGAGACAGAAGAAAUAACAGCUGCAGAUAUAGAGGUUAACACAAAUGACAUAGAUGUAGAACAUGCAGAAGAGGCUUCAGUCUUGUCAGAAGAGGCUGCAUCAUUUGACGGAACACUUCCAAUGGCAGAUGAUGAUGUGUCAAUUGAAGAUGAGGUGUCCACUUCACCUCCCAAUAUUGUCUCACCAAAUACUUUCAAUGAACUGAAGGAUGAGGAUGUGAAAGUAGUAGGGUCUGGGGCUUCAGAACGAGUCAUUUUCGUUGAAGUGGAAAAUAUUGAACAUGAACCUUUCUCUCGUAAUGAUGAAGUCAAAGCAGUCACAUCUGAGAUUGUGAAGACUAUUCAGGACGUCAUCAGCAUGAACCCUGUGUAUAGAGAAGCACUAGCCCAGCUUUUGCAGUCAGACACUCGAGUAAUAGACAACCCAGUAUACCUGUCAGAUUUAGGAUGUGCAAUGACUGGUGCUGACUCUAAAGAUUUACAGACAGUCAUGGAAGAAACUAAUAUAUUAAAACGACUACAUUUGACUCUGUCACUGCUAAAGAAGGAAUUACAGAUGAUUAAGUUACAGAAAAGUAUCCGUGAGCAGGUAGAGGAGAAGGUGAGAAAACAGCACAUGGAAUACAUGCUACGAGAGCAGCUCAAACACAUUAAGAAGAGUCUGGGCAUGGAGAAGGAUGACAAGGAUACCAUAGAGGAGAAAUUCAGGGAGAGGCUAAAGGAUUUGGUUAUACCAGAACAUGUGAAGACUCUGAUAGAUGAAGAAAUGGCCAAGUUUCAGUUCACACACAGAUUAUCAGUCAAUCACACACAGAAUACACAUGUUACACGGAACUACCUGGAUUGGCUCACAUCUUUACCCUGGGGAAAGCAUACUAAUGAAAAUCUAGACCUAACAAGGGCAAAGACCAUUUUAGAGGAAGAUCAUUAUGGGAUGGAUGAUGUGAAAAACAGAAUUCUGGAGUUUAUUGCUGUUAGUCAACUUAAGGGUGGUACCCAGGGAAAGAUCCUGUGUUUCUAUGGUCCACCAGGAGUGGGAAAGACCAGCAUAGCCAAAUCUAUAGCACGGGCAUUGAAUAGAGAGUAUUUCAGAUUUAGUGUUGGAGGAAUGACGGAUGUGGCUGAGAUCAAAGGUCACAGGAGAACCUAUGUUGGAGCCAUGCCAGGAAAGAUGAUCCAGUGUCUGAAAACUACCAAGACAGAAAAUCCUUUAGUUCUUAUUGAUGAGGUAGAUAAAUUAGGUAGAAGUUGGCAGGGUGACCCAUCAUCUGCAUUGCUAGAACUUCUAGACCCUGAACAGAAUGCCAAUUUCCUUGAUCACUACCUAGAUGUCACAGUGGACAUGUCCAAGGUUUUGUUUAUCUGUACGGCCAAUGUGACAGAUACUAUACCAGAACCGUUGAAGGACCGGAUGGAAAUGAUUGAUGUAUCAGGCUAUGUGGCAGAGGAAAAGCUGGCCAUCGCACAGAAAUACCUAGUACCACAGACUCAGAAACAGACUGGAGUGACAGAAGACAAAGUCAAUAUCACGGAUGAGGCUAUGACAACGCUGAUAAAAUCUUACUGUAGGGAGAGUGGGGUUCGAAACCUUCAGAAGCAGAUAGAAAAGAUAUAUAGGAAAGCUGCCCUGAAGAUUAUCACAGAGUCUGCUGAACAUCUGAAGGUGGAUACAGAAUCUUUAAAGGAUUAUGCUGGCAAACCACUGUUUACAUCUGACAGAAUGUACCAAGUUAACCCUCCAGGAGUUGUUACAGGCCUAGCAUGGACAGCUAUGGGUGGAUCUACCCUGUUUAUUGAGACGGUGCUGAAGAGGCCGCUGGACAGCCCCAGUACUGGUGACAAGCCAGAGACUGGCAGUAUAGAGGUGACUGGUAACUUGGGCAAUGUGAUGAAAGAAAGUGUACAACUCGCCUACACUUUCGCCAAGUCUUUCAUGGUCAGCGAGCUCUCCAGCAACGACUUUCUUCAGAAAGGUCUAGUUCACCUUCAUUUACCUGAGGGUGCAGUACCUAAAGAUGGUCCCAGCGCAGGGUGUACCAUUGUGACUGCUCUACUUUCACUUGCCCAAGGAAAGCCUGUCCGACACAACCUGGCCAUGACAGGAGAAAUCUCCUUAACUGGUAAAAUCUUACCUGUGGGAGGCAUCAAGGAAAAGACCAUAGCAGCUAAGAGAUCCGGUGUUACCUGUAUCAUACUGCCAGAUGAGAACAAACGGGACUUUACAGAUCUUCCUGACUAUAUCACCAAAGACUUGGAGGUACACUAUGCCAGCGAAUACAAAGAUGUGUACAACAUAGCUUUUGGCUCACAGGAAACAGACAGUGCAGAGACAGGAAACUGAAUAUAUUUUUUGAAAAUAUUUUAAUGAAGGGGAAUUACCAGUGUAAAAAGGAACUUCCAGUUUGCUGAAAGUAAUUAGACAGUGUGGGAAAACUAGAAAUCAGAGAACAGGAAAUUUUGAUUUAGGGAUGACAGGAAAUUGUCCUUGUGAUGACAGAAGCAUGGAAUUGUGGGUAACUAGAAACUAUCCUUGUGGUGACAGAAAAGUGAAAAUACAAAUGUAUAGGUUCAGGAAUCUGGCAUUAAUGUGAUUAAAAAUGACAUGACAGGAUAUUAAGUGUGAAUUGAUAGAAAACAGAGAGUUUUGGAAGAAUGGUUGUAAAUUUCUUUUUGAUUUAAAGUUGUCAACACUAUCUAAUUUUAUUUUGAUGAUGGCAUCCUUUUCUUUUAUCUAAAUAACUUAAAACUUGAGUUGAACUUUAGGUCAAAGCUGUUACACUAUAUGGGAUAGUAAAUGGAUACUAAUAUUUAAAAACACAUUUAAAUCGAUGAAAAUCCUCUACUGAAACACAUGUUUUUCAGUUUAUGUGAACCUGUUAUUUUCACCCUCUUUUUUUUUGUUACAAACUUUAGGAAUAUAUAACACCAUAUUGUGAAAAGUUCAGUGUUAUCCAAACUUUCAAUUAGCAAAAAAAAAACCCAAACAACAUGCAAAAUAAGAAAUUUAUUUGAAACAAAAACAAAUUAUUAUAAUUCACUUCUAUUUGAAAUAAAAGUGCCAUCAUAAUUCAUAUGAUGUGUAAAGUGGAUAGCUGUUAUGAGAUAAUUGUGACAGAACCAAGUUUAACUCCGAGAAAUUUUGCCAGAGUCUAACUACAGAAUGUGUAAGUACCUCACAUUUAUUCCUAAAGCAAACCUUUUUCGCAGAGUAAACUACUUUAUUUGCCAUCAUCCAUAAUUAUAUAUGUUUUAAACAGAAAAUGGUUGUGUAUCAUUAUGACUGAAGCCAGUUUCCCUAUAAAACAUCAACUACACAUCAUUAUGACUGUAGCCAGUUUCCCUAUAAAACAUCAACUACACAUCAUUAUAGUAACCUGAUUUGACGACAUCACCAUCUCUAUAACGCCAGUAUUUAAUACUCCACAUUCACUAGACUUUAUUCCAGAAAAUCACCAUAUACUGAAGUUAACAUAUUCCUUUUAUUGUUUCCAAAUAUCCUGAAUUAAGACAAUAUUGUGUUUAGUUUCCCCUUCGUAUCUUUUUCAGUUCUUUAUUGUGUGCCUGAAGUCGAUAUUCUCUAUAUUUAUAUCUGUAUUUAUUGUUUGGAUGGAUGUGAGUUGAUAUAAAACAGGAUUAAAUUGAUAGCACCAUGAAUUAAUCCAGAUGGAAAUAGUUUUUCAUAAGUAUUAAUGUAAAUGUGAAGUCAAUUCAAAUUGUUAAGCUAUAUUAUUGUUUUAAAGAGAGAUGUAUGUUGUUUGAAUGACCUAACAGACAGAAAUUAAUGAUAAUGAGUAUAAUUUGAUUGAGAAGAUGUCUGUAGCACUAUCAGUCUACUGUCAAUUUGGCAGCAUAUCACCAUCAGAGAGACAUAAUUUUUUAACUUGCCAGUAUCUCAUAGUUAUUACAUCUCUAUGCUAAUACCACCAAAUGGUCAAAGAAAUACAAUAUUUUGUUCCGGAAAUGACUUUGAGAAAGUUGCACGUUUCGGUAAUUAAAAUGACCUAUGUGAUAACGAUUUCCUUUUUCUGAUCACAGAAUUACAUUAGCAUAAAAAUAAUUUUGUAGUCAUUGUUUUGUCUUGAGAGAAUUAUGACUGGACCUACUUUGCCUACAAGCUAGUAGUAUGAUGUGAGUUGGUACACAUGCAGAUGUAGGGAAAGAUUUGUACAAAUUUGAGUAUUGCUUGGACCUGAUAUUAAAAAACUGCACUGCCUCUCAUCUUUAUAAUGCUUUACAAAUUAACACCUAUGCUAUAUGAUCCAUGGGCAAUAAACUAAUUAACUUCUUUCGCUGUUUAAGAUAUCACUAAACUCUCUAGGAAGAGUAGAGAUAAGCAGUUUUGACCUACAAGAGAAACAGACCUAGGUAUCAAUGUAUAUUUGUAGUAUAUCACACGUAGUGUCUUGGUCGUCACUAAUGGUGCUGAUAGUAUUGCUGAACUUUCUGUAUUAACUUUUGUUUAUUAUUUAUUUCCUCUCUGAGUAAGCUAUAUACACACUAAUCAUCUUAUGUAAAUAUUAUUAACCAUUGUUAAAGCUAUGUGACUUAUGUUUGUGUCCUGGCGUCCAUUAUUUGUGUAUGAAUAAAUGUAGAUACAUGUUAA